AUGGUUUCGUCGUAUUUGGUUCAUCAUGGGUACUGUUCAACAGCAACUGCCUUUGCCAGAGUCACAGACACGGCAAUCCAGGAAGAACAGACCUCAAUAAAGAACAGACAAAGAAUACAGAAGCUAGUAUUAGCAGGCAGAGUGGGAGAGGCUAUAGAAGCCACCCAGCAGCUCUAUCCUGGCCUCCUAGAACAUAACCCCAACCUGCUCUUCAUGUUAAAGUGUCGGCAGUUUGUGGAGAUGGUGAAUGGGACAGACAGUGAAGUACGUUGUUUCAGUGCCCGCAGCCCCAGAUCCCAGGACAGUUACCCCGGGUCCCCCAGCUUAAGUCCUAGACACGGAUCAAGCAACUCACACGUUCAUAGUACCGGAGCAGAUAGUCCAACCUGUAGCAAUGGAGUCAUGUCCACAAAAAGCAAACAGAGUCACAGUAAAUACCCAACGCUGAGUUCAUCAUCUUCAUCUUCCUCCUCCUCCUCCCCCUCAUCUGUGAACUAUUCUGAGUCCAAUUCUACAGAUUCUACCAAAUCUCAGCAGCACAGUAGUACGAGUAACCAAGAAACCAGUGACAGCGAGAUGGAAAUGGAAGCUGAGCAUUACCCCAAUGGAGUCCUGGAAAAUUCAUCCACCAGGAUAAUGAAUGGCACCUACAAACACGAAGAGAUCCUGCAGACGGAUGAAUCCAGCAUGGAAGACAGCUGUCCCCAGAGGCAGCUCUGUGGAGGGAACCAUGCUGCCACGGAGCGAAUGAUCCAGUUUGGACGGGAGCUGCAGAUGCUGAGCGAGCAGCUUUGCAGAGAAUAUGGAAAGAACACAGUGCACAAAAAGAUGCUUCAGGACGCGUUUAGCUUGUUAGCUUACUCAGACCCUUGGAACUGCCCCGUCGGUCAACAGCUGGACCCGAUCCAGAGGGAACCUGUGUGUGCUGCUCUUAAUAGUGCUAUAUUGGAAUCUCAGAACCUGCCAAAGCAGCCCCCGCUGAUGCUUGCCCUGGGCCAGGCCUCGGAGUGUUUGCGGCUCAUGGCUCGCGUGGGCUUGGGCUCCUGCUCCUUUGCCAGAGUAGACGACUAUUUGCACUAGCCACCAGAGCAAGAUGGAGUUGACAUCGUUGAGUGCUGCCCUUCACCCUCCGUUGCUGCCACUCUACACCACCACCUCGUUCGAUAGCCUGACCUCCCUGCCACCGCCACCCCCUCUAGCACACACACGCACACUGCCUGUGACAGGAUCGAGCGAGUCCCUGGCCGUGUGGCUGUUCCUGAGCCCAGGAACGACUGGCAGAUCUUCCCUGUCUCCCUGCCCCUGCUGCGGCUCCAGCGGCGCUCAGUGUUUCGCUGGUUAUUUUAAUGUAGCGCCUUCCGAUGUAGGGAUUUCUCUUUAUUUUGAUUUGAGUUGUUUCUGAUGGAUCCACCAAGUAUUUUAUCUGGAGAGUUUUGCUGAGCUGAGCUGGUUUCUGCUGAUUUACUGAGGAAGCUCAUCAAGUUGGUAACAACUUGUUCUUUUCUUCCCUUCUCCCUCCAUCGUGCACAUACAGCAUCAUCUUCUGUGCUAGUUAUCUGAACUCUUCUCGCAGUGGCAGUUCAGAGGGAUUUUUUUAUUAUUAUUAUUUGAAUCCUGUUUAUUAAAAAGGUCUCUUCCACCUCCA